CUGACACAAUUUAAGCAAUCUACCACGCUGUUUUACCUGUCAUUACCUUUACGAUUUAUCAUUUUGGGAACACGUCCAAAGUAUUUUAUUUUAUUUAUUUUAAUUGCAAAAGUUAAUAUAUGUGUUGAUAUCUGUUAUAAUUAAGAAUUAUCGUCAAAAUCAAAUAAUGUCAAGAAAAAAGAAUAGUAAAAAUAUUAAAGAAUUAGAAGAUGAAAUUCCAUCUAAUGCAGAUGUUAAAAUAACCUCUAAAACUUCCACGGCUAAAUCGAAAAAAUCGAAAGGUAAAUCAAAAAAAGAUGGUUGGGGUGACAGUGAUGAAGAAAUAUCCCAUAAAAAGAUCACUGAAAAAUCAAAACCAGAGGAAGAAGCGUCUGUUGAUAAAUCAAAAACAAGUGGUAACAAAGCCCCCAAUAAAUCUAAAAAGAAUAAGAAAUCCAAAAAAAAUGACGAUUGGUCUGAUGACGAAGCUGAACAAGAGUUUAAGUUGCCAUCAGAUGAUGAGGAACCCGUGAUUGCUAAACCAGUACUUAAGAAAAAAGGAAAAAAUAAGAAAAUUGAAGAUGAUUUAUCAGAUCCAAAAGAAGAUUCUGAAGAUUUAUCGGACAUUGAUGAACAAUUGCCCACAGAUUUGGCAGAAAAACCGAAUGAAGCAGAGACUUGCAUAAACAAACCUGAGGGUGAAGUCAAGUCCAGCAAAAACACUGUAGAACAUAAUGAAAAACAAGAAAAAACAAUGAGCAAGGUUGAUGAUGCUGGAGAUAUAUCACAGCAGAUUUCUGAGCUCACAAUGUCUGAUACAAAAGUGAAUAAACUGUCUGAUAAUGAAGAAAAUGCAAACGACGAGACAAGUUCUUCUAAAAAACUUACCCACAAAGAAAAAAAGAAGUUAAAAAAGAAACAGGAAUAUGAAAAGCAAAUGGAAUCUCUCACAAAGAAGGGUGGUCAAGGCCAUAGUACCUUAGAUAGCAACUUUACUGUUUCACAGGUAGAGAAAUCGGUUGGUCAAAAACUUGCAAUGGAAAAUGCUGUAGAUAUUAAAAUUGAAAAUUUCUCAAUAUCAGCAAAAGGAAAUGAUUUGUUUGUUAAUGCCAACUUAUUGAUUGCAAAUGGUAGAAGAUAUGGUCUAGUUGGUCCUAAUGGGUGA